AUGACCAAAAAUUCUCAGCCUGUUAAACACAUACUAGUUUGGGAAUUUUUUCCUAAUUAUCCUUUGAAAUUAUGUAUGGAUACAUUUGGUGGUGCUGAAAGCAGCGGAGAUAUGUCCGAUCCAAGUUUUGCAAAGCGAGCAUGGGGAUGA